GUUAAAUUAACGUUAGGCUGACUAGGAUGCCAAAUCAUCGCACACGUCAGCGACAACUCAACCACACUUGCCACGUAAGUGCCAUGUCAUAUUUUAAUUCAAAAAUAAAUUAGUUAAUCAAUUAAUAACUAAUUUAAAAACAUAAAAAUAUUUAUUAAUUUUUUCCUUUUCAAUAUCCAGUCUCCUCUUCCUCUCUCCUCUCCUUCGUCUUCCCCAUCUGUUCUUCAAUAUCCACCACCGCCUCAUCAAAUCCCCUUCCCUGCAACAAAAAUCUCAAACUAAAAAAUGGUGCUCUCUGCUUCCGCCGCCAUCGCAAGCCCCAAAUCCCUCUUCCGCGCUCAAGCCCUUCCCUCCAUUUCAAAACCCACUUGCUCGUUUUCUUGCUUCUCCUCUUCGCAACCUCAAUUCGACAGAAAUGCCAAUAGCAACCCCUCUUUGAACUCUGUUCCCAAGCAGAAGAAUCGCAUAGUUGAUGUGGGCAUCGGGCUGCUGUCGGCUUCGAUUCUCGCUCUUUCUCCGAUGGACGCCGACGCCACCAGGAUCGAGUACUACGCCACGGUGGGAGAGCCUAUGUCUCCGAUUCAGAUCUGCCUCACCGAUCCUACCGCACAGCCAGGCCCUGCAGUUCCUUCGCCGCAGUUCUCUCCGCCUUCAACUCCUCGUACUGGCUCGCCUUCUUAUCCUCCUCCUACUCUCCCCAGACAAAGCAACGACGACCAGUCUGAAAUCCCAAUUCGCCAUCUCCCCGCGGCGACGUUUCCAAUCCGAACCGUGCCCAACAGAUCGCCAAUAGCCAGAGUCGGGCUUGAUUUGGGAAUCUGGGGAUUUUCCUUGUCGGUCAGUUGAGACUACGCGUGGAGGGACUUGGGCUCAUGGAGUUGCUCAGAAACUAGAUCUGGAAACCAGAUUGUUGGAUUCACUCACCUGCAGAUGUUGAAUUUCAUGGCGGCAAUCACUGCGAUUUCGGCGCAGUUCCAGAUCGGGUUCUUCUUCAUGGUUUGAAGAAAUCCCUUUCGUUUCUCACCACCGAACCCAUCCUCCAUCGAUGAACUGAUUGGGCGAAUCUCGAGGAAGCAAUAUAAGCUGCAAGAGGGAGCAGUGGGGAUGGAGGAUUUGGAGUCGGUAGGUCGAUGGAGGAUUUGGAGUCGGAGAGCGGUUGUUCACGGCUGCGGGUGGGUGGUGGUUUGAUGGCGUCGCUGGUGGGAAUCGUAGGGGGAAAGGAGGGAUGAAGAUGAUGUUGACGGCGGCGAACAAUGGUGGGGGAGGUACAGGGAGGAAGAUGAAGUUUUUUGUAUAAAAAAAUUUUAUUUUU